AUGGCGGACGACAGGCGGAGAUCUGUGAGCCUCGAGGCGCCCGAAAGAAAAGGCACUGAAGACCCAGGUGCUCGUGCUCUUGAGGACAGCUCCGACUCCGAGGACCACUUCUCAGACGCCCAAUCCGCCCAAGAAAGCAAUAGAGCAACCUCACCAAUCCCAAGGACUCGUGUCGAGAGGGUAGACGAUGAACCAUCGUACGGUGAAGUGCCAGGAACUGAAGCGUACGAGAAGCGCACAGAGGACGCUGAACCAGACGAGAUUGCGGUCGUUCCCGAUACAAAGCUCGAGGCAGAAAACUCUCCAAGGUCACCGGCCACUCCAGGGGACCGACCGAUUCCGAAGACGGUCGUGGACGAGUCCGAGGACGCCCCAAACUCAAAGACACACCACUUCCAUGAUGACCUCCACCAGGCGGAUGCGGCACCAGAUCUUGUGCGGAAACCAGACGGCACUGCGGCAGUCAACCCCGUGCCAUCCUCCCUAGAGACCGAAGGAACAACAAGUGGUGAAACGACCCCUCCUGAGGUGUCGGGAGAACCCUCCCGGCCAAAAAGUCCUGGCGGUGUGCACAAUCUCACGAACUUUGAUGACGAAGAUGAUGAUGACGAUGGUGACGAAGACGAAGAUGAAGAAGACGUGGAGGCAGACGAUGUCGACGACUUUGGGGAUGACUUCGAUGAUUUCGAAGAGGGUGAUGGAGAUCAAGAUGGAGAUGAUUUUGGGGAUUUCGACGACAAUUUCCAGCAGGCGGACACCAAUACUGCAGACGUCUCAAUACCGGCUCAGCCUGCUGUGUCGGCACCUUCUUUUCCUAUUCUCGAUCUCGACGGACUUGAUUCUGAGGAGAUAAUCAGUGCUACGGAACCGUAUCUGGAUGCGUUGUAUCCGCCAGACCUAUCAGACCUUCCGCAACUCGCAUCCCCGCCAAAGGAAAACCCAAUAUUCUUCAAUUCGCGGAGUGCUUCCUUAUGGUCACAACUGGCUGCGCCACCGCCACUUCAGCCUCCUGACUGGAUCAGAUCAAACAUACGAAGGCUGUUCCUGGUUUCGCUUGGAGUUCCUGUCGACCUGGACGAGAUUCUUCCUGCCUCAAAGCAGAAGAAGCUGGUUCUCCCAUCGUUACACAAAGUUUCCUCAAAUGGCUCGUUACGAACUUCAACAGACAGCAGGUCCUUGUCCCGAGUCCGCAAGACCGAUGCGAACGACUCCAGCGUCUCUGUGGAUUCCAAGGGCAAAGAGAAGCUCAAGACAAGCUCCAAGAAGAAAAAGGGAGUGCCAGAAAGUCCAGAACUGGACCUCGUAUCUGCCAAGCAAUUAUGCUCGACGACAGAGGAGGCUUUGACCGGCAUGACGGACGAUGAAUUACAGAAGCAUAUGAAGGGACUCAAAGACUUGGAAACGCUUGCCAACGAAGUUCUCGAGUACUGGAAAAAGAAGACAGACGAAAAGCUCGGGGACCGGGAGGCUUUUGAAGGGGUGAUAGAAAAUCUUGUGGCACAUGCUCGAAAGACAAGGAAAUAG